CUGGCAAUGCUAUAAAAGUGAGCCUUGCAAAGGGCAGCGUAAUUCCCAUCCUUCGUCCUCUGGGCUCUUCACUUGCCAGGUCAAAGAAGUUUUGCAAGAUGCGUGAAUGCAUUUCUAUCCAUGUCGGCCAGGCUGGUGUGCAGAUUGGCAAUGCUUGUUGGGAACUGUACUGUCUGGAGCAUGGAAUUCAGCCAGAUGGGCAGAUGCCCAGUGACAAAACUAUUGGAGGGGGAGAUGACUCCUUUAAUACCUUCUUCAGUGAGACUGGGGCUGGGAAACAUGUGCCUCGAGCUGUUUUUGUGGAUCUAGAGCCUACCGUGAUUGAUGAGGUUCGGACCGGCACAUACCGUCAACUCUUCCACCCAGAACAGCUGAUAACCGGAAAGGAAGAUGCUGCCAAUAACUAUGCUCGUGGUCACUAUACUAUUGGCAAAGAAAUAAUUGAUUUGGUGUUGGACAGGAUCCGAAAGCUGGCAGACCAAUGCACAGGAUUGCAGGGAUUUCUCAUCUUUCACAGUUUUGGAGGAGGCACCGGAUCAGGUUUUACUUCCUUGUUGAUGGAGAGGCUCUCUGUGGAUUAUGGCAAGAAGUCCAAACUGGAGUUUGCUAUCUAUCCGGCCCCUCAAGUGUCCACAGCAGUGGUGGAGCCCUACAAUUCAAUCCUCACCACACAUACCACUCUUGAGCACUCAGACUGUGCUUUUAUGGUAGACAAUGAAGCCAUCUAUGAUAUCUGCCGUAGAAACCUGGACAUUGAACGCCCCACUUACACAAAUCUGAAUAGGCUGAUUGGCCAGAUUGUGUCCUCCAUCACUGCCUCUCUGCGCUUUGAUGGGGCUCUGAAUGUAGACCUGACAGAGUUCCAGACCAAUCUAGUGCCCUACCCUCGUAUCCAUUUCCCUCUGGCUACCUAUGCUCCGGUCAUCUCUGCGGAGAAGGCCUAUCACGAGCAGCUUUCUGUGUCUGAGAUUACCAAUGCUUGCUUUGAGCCUGCUAACCAGAUGGUGAAGUGUGACCCCCGCCAUGGCAAAUACAUGGCCUGCUGCCUUU